AUGACGAGCGCCAAAGCGCGGGGCAAGCUCCCCGAGACCGUCGACCUGACCCAGCCGCCCUCGGCCUUUAAGCCCUACACGGGGGCCAAGAAGCUGGUCAUCAAGAACCUUCGGGCGCCGACGAGUCGUGAUGCGCAGGUCGCCGAGUACUAUGUGCGCACCGAGAAGGAGCUCAAGGACGCUCUCGACUCGGUGUUUGCCGGGAAGACGCCUGAUGUCCCACUCGAGAGGCUAUACAGAGGAGUCGAGGACGUUUGCCGGAAGGGAGACCCAGCAAAGGUGUACCGGAUGGUCAAGGAUAGGAUUGAGGCACACUUGCAACGGGUAGUGCAUCCGAGGAUAGGACGGAAUGGAGGUGUCUCGAACCUCGAUACUCUUAGGAGCGUGUUGGCAGAAUGGAAGAUUUGGAAUGGCCAAACAAUAUUGAUCCGCUCGACGUUUAGUUUCCUCGAUCGGACAUACUUGUUACGAGAGAACCUUUCAUCCAUCAACGAUAUGGCCAUCAGCCAAUUCCGGAGGAUGGCCUUCCCUUCGCAGGCACUUGCAUAUGAGAGUUCUAUUGGGAGCAAGGCAAUUGCAGGAAUGUGCGAGUUGGUGGAGUAUGACCGAGGAGACAACGAUCAAAUGGACUCGUCUCUCCUCAAAGACUCGAUAAUGAUGUUACACGUUCUGGGCGUCUACAUCAAGCACUUCGAACCACUCUUCCUGCAGCAGUCCGAGGUCUACUUCAAGGAGUUUGGUGAGGCGUGGAGUACUUCAAGCCUCAAGGACUACAUCCGAGUUUGCAAGAAGCUUCUGCACAAGGAAAACUAUCGCUGCAUCGUGUAUAACCUUGAUAGUACCACGGAGAAGCAGCUGAUGGAUUCUGCUCACUCGCAUCUGAUUGACCGUUAUUCGGAGAAGCUCCUGAACAGUGGCAAUCUUGCCAAGUUGCUGUCCGAUAGAGACGUCGACUCUAUGAAGGCAUUGUACGACUUGCUUCGAUUAUCAGGCAUUCAGAAGAAGAUGAAGACACCGUGGGGCGACUAUAUCAGAGCGACAGGAGCUGCUAUCAUCGGUGAUAAGGAGCAUGGGGAUGAGAUGGUUCUUCGUCUCUUGGAACUGCGACGGUCACUUGACCUGAUGAUUCGAGAUGCGUUCGACAAGGAUGAGGACUUCCUUUGGGGCAUGAGGGAGGCUUUCGGGAAAUUCAUGAAUGACCGAAAAGUGUCGUCUUGCUGGGAUACAGGAACGUCCAAGAUUGGCGAGAUGACAGCCAAGUAUAUCGACAUGCUUAUGCGAGGCGGUUUGAAGUCAUUACCCAAGGAGCUUCUGUCUGAUGCCAAGGACCGGGCGACGGCGGAGAAGCAGGGCCAGGCCAGCACUGGUGAUGAGGAUGCUGAACUUGAUCGGCAGUUGGAUCAGGCUCUGGAACUGUUCCGUUUCAUUGAGGGCAAAGACGCCUUUGAAGCAUUCUACAAGAAGGAUCUCGCCCGAAGGUUGUUGAUGGGACGAAGCGCAAGCCAGGAUGCCGAAAGAAACAUGCUCACUAAGCUCCGAAGCGAAUGCGGUUCCAACUUUACUCACAACCUCGAGCAGAUGUUCAAGGACCAGGAGAUUGCCAAGGAUGAGAUUGAAGCGUACAAGGAGUGGUGUCAGGGUAGCACCGAGCGCAACUCGCCUUUGGACCUUCAGGUCAUGAUCCUCUCAGCUGCGGCGUGGCCAACAUACCCCGACACUCGUCUCAACCUCCCUGACGAGGUGGCAACCCAGAUCGAGCGGUUCGACCAGUAUUACAAAAACAAGCAUACGGGUCGGGUGUUGACGUGGAAGCAUUCGCUGGCUCACUGCGCGAUCAAGGCUACGUUUGCUAAAGGCACCAAAGAGCUUCUUGUUUCGGCUUAUCAGGCCGUUGUGCUCAUGAUGUUUAAUAGCCUUCCAGCUGAUGGCUUCUUGGCUUAUGAGCAAAUCGCCACGGGCACGGGGCUUCAAGGCGGGGAUCUCGACCGCACAUUGCAGUCCCUCGCGUGUGGCAAAGCACGGGUGCUCAGCAAGCAUCCCAAGGGGCGUGAGGUCAAGUCCACAGACACAUUCACCUUCAACAAGACAUUCACGGAUCCUAAGUACCGUGUCAAGAUCAACCAGAUCCAGCUGAAAGAGACAAAGGAGGAGAACAAGGCAACACACGAGAGGAUCGCUCAGGACCGUCGAUUUGAGACACAAGCAGCCAUUGUCAGGAUUAUGAAGAGCCGCAAGUCUAUGGGCCAUGCGGAGCUGGUGGCUGAAGUGAUCAACUUGACUAAGAAGAGAGGCAGUGUAGAGCCGGCAGCGAUUAAGAAGGAGAUUGAAAGUCUCAUCGAGAAGGACUAUAUCGAGAGAGAGGGCAAUACAUACGUGUAUCUGGCGUAAGGUUCGGUAGGUUGGGCAUAUUUUAUUAUCUGAUGAUGUAGAUGAUGGGCUACGAGGUCCAAAGACG